CUGGAGGAGGGCGGGAUCCCGGCACUCUCGGAAGUGUGCCUGAGCUGGGUGGAAGGGACGGUGUCCCUGGUCUCCGGCCGGCCACAUUAGCGGAAAGCAGGCAGCCAUUUCUCCCUGACCCUGACUUCUUUCACGAAAUGUGGCCGGGAGAGGGGAUGUAAAGGAGGUAGCUAGGAGAGUUCCCUCCCAUGCGAAGCCGGCCCUUGGAGCUCUGACCCUGUGGUCCGCAGCCUAGGCCGCAGGUUGACCUCACCGGUGCAUCUCCUUUAGUUCCUUUUUUUCCUUCAUUUAUCCAUACUUCUACUCUCUGCGGGCCCGUCGGGCGUCAUGAAGCAGCUGCCAGUCUUGGAGCCUGGAGACAAGCCCAGGAAAGCUACAUGGUACACUUUGACUCGCCCUGGAGACAAACCCUGCCCUCGAGUUGGCCACAGCUGCUCAUAUUUGCCCCCAGUUGGUGAUGACAAGAGAGGGAAGGUCUUCAUUGUAGGGGGAGCAAAUCCGAACCAGAGCUUCUCAGAUGUGCACACUAUGGAUCUGGGAACGCAGCGGUGGGACAUGGCCGCCAGGGAAGGUCUCUUGCCUCGGUAUGAGCAUGCCAGCUUCACCCCCUCCUGCAAGCCUCACAGCAUCUGGGUGUUCGGGGGUGCGGACCAGUCAGGAAACCGAAACUGUCUGCAAGUCUUGGAUCCUGAAACCAGGACUUGGACCACACCCGAAGUGAGCAGCCCGCCACCAUCCCCAAGAACAUUCCACACAUCGUCGGCAGCGAUUGGAAACCAGCUGUACGUUUUUGGGGGAGGAGAGCGAGGUGCCCAGCCUGUGCAGGACGUGAAGUUGCAUGUGUUCGACGCAAACACUUUGACGUGGUCUCAGCCAGAGACACAUGGAAGUCCUCCGUCUCCCCGGCAUGGCCAUGUGAUGGUGGCAGCAGGGACAAAACUCUUCAUCCAUGGAGGCUUAGCAGGGGACAAGUUCUUUGAUGACCUCCAUUGCAUUGAUAUAAGUGACAUGAAAUGGCAGAAGCUUAGUCCCACAGGGGCUGUUCCAGUAGGCUGUGCUGCCCACGCCGCCGUGGCUGUGGGAAAGCACGUGUAUGUGUUUGGAGGAAUGACUCCCACCGGAGCACUGAACGCAAUGUACAGGUAUCACACAGAAAAGCAGCAUUGGACGUCACUUCAGUUCGAUACUUUCCUACCCGCUGGACGACUGGACCACUCCAUGUGUGUCGUUCCAUGGCCAGUGACAUCCUCCGACUCGGAGUCUGGCAUCCUCAACCGCGAAGCUGAGGAAGGGGAUGCUUCGGACAAACACGGGACUCAGGGUGGUGGGUCACCUGAGGAGAGCCAGGCCAACGUGUUGCUCUGUUUUGUGUUUGGUGGGAUGAAUACAGAAGGGGAGAUCUAUGACGAUUGCAUUGUGACUGUAGUUGACUAAUAAAAUCCAUGUUUUAUUA